AUGACUUCAUCACUACCGAAGGUGCAAAGGGCAAUCCUCGCCAACGACAAACUCACCUACGAGAUCCGCGACAAUGCUCCAAUGCCUGAGUUGACAGCCGGCCGCGUAUUGAUCAAGACAGUGACAGUCGGCCUGAAUCCUGUCGACACCAAGAUGAUAGGCCCUUUUGCCAUGGAAGGGGCUAGCUACUGUACCGACUGCGCCGGAAUCGUAGUCGCCGUCUCGCCAGAAGUGGAAGUACAGGGACGGAUCAAAUGCGGCGACCGCGUUGCCGGCCUGGCCGACGGCAUGGAAGGUCUCCGCCCACAAAGCGGUGCUUUCGCCGAGUAUGUGUCGGUGGACGGAGGCAUGUGCUUCAAGAUGCCACCGGGCAUGACUCUUGCGGAGGGCGCCAGCAUGCCUUUACGCAUCGUCACGGCUUGCAUGGCGCUCUUCGGCUCCCUCGAGGUGCCCUCGGAGCUGCUCCAGAGCCCCACCACCAAAGACAAGCUGACGGUGCUGGUGUACGGAGGAGCGACGAACACCGGAACGGCUGCCAUCCAGUUGCUGAGUCGCUGCGGUGUAAAUAUCAUCACCAGGUGCUCUACGGGUAGCAUGGCGAUGGUUGAGAGCUACGGUGCAGACAAGUGCUUCGACUACAACGAGGCGAGUUGUGGUGACGAUAUCCGAAGCUACACGGGUAAUGCUCUGGAUUACGCCCUCGACUGCAUCACCACGGAGAGCAGUGUUAAGAUCUGCUACCGAGCGAUUGGGCGCUGCGGAGGGAAGUCGCAAUGA